ACGUCACAUUCAGACUGUCGCACGCACGCUACUAACCAACCACACAAUCGAAAUUAAAAACAACAUUUCGUCGUGUGCACACACUGUGUGAGCGCUCACCUUGCCGGCGAGGCACCAUUCGUGACUACGUGCUCCGCGUGUGUGUGUGUCGUGGUGUUUGAAACGCAAAAACGUGCGGCGUCGAAACCGAAACGAUUCCACCAGAGUGUGUCUCUCUGCCCAGGCGAAAACCCAACUGUGUACCUACUGUAGUUCUAGUCGUGGAUCGCGUUUCACCGCGCCAGCACCACGGGGACAUUAAUAUAACUACUCAAUAUCGCAAUCAUCCAUCGUCAAUUGCAUCCAAUUUACGGCAAUUAGCGGCGUCGAAAAAUCAACCAGCUAUAAGCGGAUACACGUCAAAGUCUUGGAAAGUUUUUCAAAACGUUUUUCUGUUACCCAAGUGCGAAGGGAUGGCGAGGAACACGUGUAAUUAACAGUUUUACGUUCUGUGCGUGUUAUCAAAGUUCUUCUGUGUGGUAAUUGACAUCGUAAAUGGGAAUCAUGUGGAGAUACAGCUUGCAGUGCGUCCUGCUGCUCUUCGCGGCUGUCUACUGCACGGACUUAACCGUCACCAAUGACAUGACCGCGUGCACGAUGAGCCAGUUUCGAUGCGCCAAUGGAAAAUGCAUUUCCAAGCUGUGGGUGUGCGAUGGCGAGGAGGACUGCGCCGAUAAGAGUGACGAGAAUCCCAAGAUGUGCAACUUCGCUUCCGAGCCAUGCGGAAAGAGCGAGUUCCGAUGCAACAACGGCCGCUGCAUCCCGUCGCACUGGCAGUGCGAUAACGAGAGAGACUGCCAGGAUGGCAGCGACGAGAGCGAGCUAUUAUGCCGGCAAAAAGUGUGCGGCAGCGAUGAGUUCACCUGCCGCACCGCCAAAGGUGAAUGCGUUCCGCUCACCUGGGUCUGCGACGACAACUCCGAUUGCAGUGAUAAGAGCGACGAAGCAAAUUGCAAUGAAACUUGUCGGUCUGAUGAAUAUACUUGCGGCAACGGUAAAUGUAUCCCCCAUCGUUGGGUCUGUGACAUGGACAACGACUGCGGAGAUAAAUCCGAUGAAAAAGGUUGCCCGAAUGUAACAUGUUCCGAGAGCGAGUUUCAAUGCACGGAAACCUACUGCAUCUCAAAGAAAUGGCGCUGUGACGGUGAUUACGAUUGCGCCGAUGGUAAAGACGAACACGACUGCCCGCAAGCCGCACACUCGCAGACAAUGUGCACCGCCAACGAAUUCGAAUGCGGCGAUCGCAUUUCGUGCAUCCACAAAGACUGGGUAUGCGACGGUGUCAAAGACUGCACGGACGGUUCCGAUGAACUGAAAACCAUCUGCCCGAAUGUGACCUGCUCCAGUGAGCAGUUCCAAUGCGGGGACCGCACAUGUCUACCCGGUCACAUGCAAUGCAAUGGUAUCGCCGAGUGUCCCGACCGCUCAGAUGAAAAAGACUGCGGUACACCUUCACCCAAGUGUGACCCACGCACACAAUUCGAUUGUGGACAGAACAACUGCAUUCCGCUGAGUAAAGUCUGCGAUGGUAAACAGGAUUGCCCCGCAUGGGAGGAUGAACCCAAGCAGCAUUGCGGCAAGAAUGAGUGUCUCGUUGAUAAUGGCGGAUGCUCACAGAAGUGUGUCGACAGUCCGGCCGGAUACUACUGCGAUUGUAAUCAAGGGUACAAAUUGGUUGACAACAAGACUUGCAAAGAUAUCAACGAGUGUGAGAUACCAGGCAGUUGCUCCCAGAACUGCAUCAAUCACGUGGGUUCAUUCAAGUGUGAAUGUCUCGCUGGAUACAUGCGUGACCCACGUGACUUGACCAAGUGCAAAGCCACCGAAGGUCAUGCUUCGCUUCUAUUCGCCCGUCGGCGUGAUAUUCGAAAGAUUUCCUUGGAUCAUCAUGAAAUGACCUCAAUAGUCAACGAAACCAAUUCUGCAACUGCUUUAGAUUUUGUCUUCAGGACCGGGAUGAUUUUCUGGUCGGAUGUUACAGAUAAGAAGAUUUACAAGGCGCCGAUUGAUGAAGGUAACGACCGGAAGGUGGUCAUCAGUGAUGAUUUAACCACGUCUGAUGGAUUGGCUGUUGAUUGGAUCUACAACCAUAUUUAUUGGACUGAUACCGGGAAGAAUACCAUCGAGUUAGCUAACUUUGAUGGGUCAAUGCGUAAAGUGCUCAUUCGUGGUGGUCUUCAAGAACCUCGAGCAAUUGCUCUUCACCCUAUGGAUGGUUGGAUGUUCUGGACUGACUGGGGUAGUGAACCCAAGAUAGAAAAAGCUGGUAUGGAUGGUACCCAUCGUAAAACCAUCGUCGCCUAUGAUGUAAAGUGGCCCAAUGGUCUCACCCUGGAUCUUGUAAAACGACGUGUCUACUGGGUGGACGCUAAGCUCUACACCAUCUCAUCCUGCGACUUUGAAGGACACAAUCGUAGAGUGGUCCUGUACUCAACCUACGCUCUCCGACACCCAUUCUCAAUCAGUACCUUUGAAGACUGGAUCUACUGGACUGAUUGGGACAAGGCAGCUGUUUUCAAAGCGAAUAAAUUCACCGGAGAAGAAUUGCGGCCCAUUACAGCGACGGAUAUGAUCCAGAACCCGAUGGUGAUACAUGUUUACCAUCCGUAUCGGCAGCCAGAUGGCGAGAAUCACUGCCAAGCGGUGAAUGGACAUUGUUCGCAUCUGUGUCUGCCAGCGCCGAAGAUCAACGAGCGUUCGGCGCUGAUUUCCUGCGCCUGUCCCGAAACACUGCGGAUGUUAGCGGACGGAUUAACUUGCGUGCAAGACAUGACAACCACGACGACGACAACGACGACGACAAUAAUGCCAACGGUGCAUCACGAUGAUGAGAAUGACGUUGAAGAGCACACUCGUUCGUCAAACACGUCGCGACCUAUUAAUGUAGAAACUGAGGGCGGGUUGCGACCCGGAUACAUUGCCUUCAUUUCGAUAGGAGUCUGCCUCGCACUUGUCAUACUAAUCGUGGGGAUCUGCUACGCGGUUUACCGACGCUACAUCAAUCGCAAUGCGACGUCGAUGAACUUCGACAACCCGGUCUACCGCAAGACGACAGAGGACACUUUCUCGCUGGAAAAGCCCCGGGAUUCAUCGCGGUCCUAUCCGAGCACCGUCGGCGAAGAGGCGCAAGAACCAUUAACAUCCGGAGGUACCGAAUGCGUUUGAGGCCCCAGAUGAACCAGCAUCUCUAACCAAAAGAUAAUUAAUUCAACUAAUGAUACGAAACGCGUCUGGUGUCAGCAAAAUUGCGAUGGAAACCGGAGGCAGCCAGGCGGACGAGCGCUCACUUAAUCCAAAGAUUCGUAUUAGGUUGCUACAAAUGUGUACAUUUUUAAACUCUAAGUAUAUAGAAUUAAGUCAAAGGUGAAGUAAGCUAAUCUAUUAUCACUAAGCAUACAACACAUUACGAGAAGAAAGCUAUGAAAGACAUGAAGCAGCGACUUCAUACGAUGAGAAUGAAACCGGAAAGCGAAUAAGAAAUAAUAUCUCGACGGAGUUUGGUCAAGUAGCGUGUCCAUAACAUGUGUGGAAGUGAAUGUCACUUAUGUCAUAGUCUUAAGGAUACUUGUAAGGUAAUUAAUUGUGUAUAUUGUAUACAAACAGGAUAAAAACAAGGCAACAAUAUUUAGUCAUAGAUUCAAGGCGCGCGGGCCACAAUUUUCGUUCAAUCGAAUAUAAUUGAGUAUAGUUACAAUGAAUUUAUUACUUGAUUCCGUUCCUAAUCAGCCAUAAAUUGAUUGAUUGCGACCGCGCAAUACGUAAUGCUCAAAUAUUUAAUUUUUACUGUAUGUACAUACUAUUUAUGAGAUACGUUGUUGUCCAAUGAAUGAAACACGGCCAAGUCAUGUCAUUUAGCGAGAAAUAUUGCGCGCAGACAUUCUGCAACUCUGUGAUUUAUUAUUGAUGGGGAUUAAUUGAUGAUAUUCGUUGAUUAAUUUCACAUUUGUUUACCUGUGUAUAUUUUGCAACUGUUUGUUUGUUACAAUGAUGAUGAUCAGUGCAUCUCUUCAGUUCCAAGUCUUUUUUAUUGCAAUGUGUAAAUUUUAUUACAAAUAAAUAUUGUCAAAGUA